GAUUAGUUGUUUCUCGAUUUUAAUAAGCUUAUUUUGUUAAUAAAUACGUACUUAUAUAAUAUAGUGUACCAGGUAGGUAUUUAAAUUGAGGAUAGCCAUGGAUGUUCAUAAACUUUGGGAAUAUAAAGAAUAUUUUUGUAUAAAUGGUGUGAUGUUGACCACUGAACUUGUAUACGAGCUCGAAAACUCCUUAACUCUCCUUCAAGUUGAAAAUCACUUUAAAACGAUUCAAUACUGGGGAAAGAUUUAUGCCACCGAGAAUGAUUACCACAUAGCUGUUGGCUUCGGAAAGGACGCCUUAAACGAUAAAAAGUAUUUCUACACUACAGACUUCAAACUUUGGUCCCUGCUACCUAAGCCGAAAAAGAAGUAUAAGUAUCUUUCCCUGAUGAUACCCCUGCCAUUCUGCGGUGAUCCGUCGCGGAAGAUGCAAAUUUUAGACGAGUCCUUAGAAGAGAGCGAUCCCGAACGCUAUCAGUCAAUGAAGGAGGAAAACCGCCUCGCGGCCACGAUAAGCAAUAUUUGUGAUGAAGCUGAAAUCUGUGCCAGAGGUCAAAUCAUUAAGCACCCAGAUUUGUCUGUUAUUAUUAAUCCUCACUUUUACGGGUUGGAACUAGCAGAAGCCAAGCGUCUCAAGUCUUACAUGCACAUUCGUCCCGCUCAGCAUCGAUGGAACACUAAUCUUUUGACUAGGCCUGAUUAUAAUUAUAGUAUGGAUUUUUUGGAUUCCAUCGAUAUGGACAUACCCAAAGGCUGUUGGAAUGUAUCGUUGGAGCAUUCAGGCAAUGUCGUUUAUUUGAAAAACCUCUAUUGGCCUGGAGUGAUAUUUUUUCACAAGAUAGGAACGCCAGAUGCAGGUUUUUUAUAUGCCGGUAACGGCUACAAAAAUUUUGACAUGCCUUUUCUAAUUUGAAUUCAUUUCAUUGAUGAUAAUAUUAUAAUUUAAAGUUACACACAA